UGGAAGCGGCGGUUUCAGUCGCUCGCGAGCCUCCACCGUGGAAGUUUCUACCCGCGUUCGUCCGCUUGCAAUCGUGCGUAACGAGGCCGACAGAUCGCGAACAUACGAGAGAACAUCGUUAAAGAGUGAUCGAAAGAUAUCUGUUCUAAGAUCCGAGUUAAUCUGUGAAUUAAUUCAAUUGAUCGAAUAUAAAAAAAAGGAAAUCUAUCGAUACAUGGAUCAAAGUGUAACUGGUGAACGAGGAUGAGGACGAUUCUGUACCCUCGUUUUUAUCUGUGCACCGACCACUGCGGCGAGUAAAUCAUCGACUGAACAGGUGGAAAUCAUGCGGGGGUGUUUGUUCCUGAUUCUCUGUGCCGCAGGCAUGUCGGCCGUGGUGGUACAAUCCUACAAUGUCAGUAUUAAUCAUACGGUGGAGAACCGGCGUAGGAUCGGCCGGCAAAACGAGAAUAUAAGGCGUUACGCAUGUCCCAUAGGAUUCUUUCGAUUGAAAAGAUAUUGCUAUUAUUUAAGCGGAGGCACGGCACCCUGGAGGGAUGCAUACUUUCACUGCAAAGAUAGAAACGCCACCCUGGCGAUCCUCGACAGAAAUGGAAAGGACAGAAUGCUAAGGAAAUAUUUGAUGAGCGACCAGUUCACCGAAUUAGAAAGAUGGAUCGGUGGAAUAUUUAACUGGCAACAAAUGGCGUGGGAAUGGGGAGUAACCGGUGAAAAAGUGGUCUUUCGAAAUUUCGGCAGACCACAAACUGAACAAUCUAAACAACAAUACGCCUGGCACUGUAUCACGAUCGAUCCCGCUCUAAAAUAUAAAUGGAGUCCACGAAGUUGCGUCGAACGAAAACAUUAUAUAUGCGAAGUGGAAGCUGGCCGCAUAGCUAGAAGACGCAAAAAGACGACUGAUCCUUUCGCGCCGCAAAACCAAAGAUUAAAGCCCCGAAAGAAGGGCAAGAAGUACUCGAAAGAACCGCGUAAGCCGACCAAACAGAACAAACAGCGAUCAUGGAGAAAGAAUUUUGUGGAACAGAAUGCGAACAACUAUUGGGUGCACGGUGUUAAAUUGGGUUCAAUGCCACCGUCCAACCUGAGAAUGGGACACCCGAAGAACCGAUUGCGGCAUCACUCGAAUAGAACUCAAGCGAAUUAUCCAAAAGUGUCACAAGUCGUGCCCCAAGGACCAGAAUACAGUGCAUUUUUGGCUAACGGAGCCAACAGUCGGUAUCCACAAAGCCUAACAGACCUAGGCAAAACCUUCUCUCAAUACUCUGGCAAAAUGAACGAACUGGCGAGUGAAGAAGUUCUGAUAAAACCUUGAGCAAAUACGCUACCAACGUUCAGGAUAUUUAAUUGAACUCUUUAUUUGAUAGCUUUAAAUGUUAUCGAUUAUAACCACUUGAAAUUUCUAUCUUAAGUACGUUUCGCCAUACGUUGCGUUUGCCUAUGAAUUUGCCAAUGGACCAUGAUCACCGGACUAAUCAAAAUAUCAUAUAAAAAAAAUUAAGUUGCAUAAUAUUAUUAUAGUAGAUGAAUUUCUUUUACCGUGGGUCUGCAAUGAUCCUUACACAAAAAUGCAUUUAAUGCAACACAUCUUAAGUGCACUAUAAUGCAUUGGCUACGUUACAUCAAUAUUGUAAUAUCAAAAAUACUGAAAAUUUUACAAUAUUACCACUUAUUUCAUUUAAACGUUAUUAUUAAUAUUGAUCGGUCAUUAGCGACCAACAGGGCAUGCAACAUGUUAACUAAUCUAUUAAAGGAUCAAUCGUCAUUUCGUUUCCACUUUGCGGAAAUUGAAAUUUGAACUUUCGAAACCGAACACAGACUGAAAUAAUUUGCUUAUUUAACAUUGGCGAAACAUUCUUUCAUGUUCCUCUCUCUAAAUAGGCAUUAGAUUUUUGGGAAUAUAUUUGUUUAGUUCGUAAUGUUACCUCGAUUUAAUGAUUAUAUCCAUGUUCAUACAUUGCUUAUAAGUACCUACAUUUAGAUUUCAUUGAAACUUCACGUUUAUUUAAUUUCCGAAACUAAUUUUCACUUGCAACUAAAUGUAGGUGGUUCGAAGACAUUUAUGAGAAGAAAUUUCUAACGAAAGACAACAUUGAAAAUAAUGUUUCUUUUAUCUUUCCUUUAGUUAAUUUAUUUCUAUUCCAUGAAAAAUCAUUCAUAAAGAAUAAAUUUUUCUUAAAUAAAUGUCUUCCCUUUCACUUUUUUUUUUUAAUAUAAAACAAUAUGUUUAAUUUUAAAGUUUCAUUUUCGCGACAUUUGAAUAUUUAAUGUUGUAAUGUAAUCAUCGUAGGUCGUAAUGUAUCACAAAUAGUCAAACUGCUUGAAUAUUGAUAGCUGUAAUUAUAUUUAAAUUUUCAAGCACAUUUCAUUAUCAAUCAACGGUGUACUGAUUCUAUAUUAACAUUACCUUAAAUCAGAAAACUGUAUUUGAUGUUUCACAUGUUAUUUAGUAUAUACUGUCAAUAUAUCGAUAAAAAUUUCAAGACUUUUUAUUUUGUACGGUUUAAUUUAACGAUAAUGUAUAAAUAAGUACGAUAGAAUUAAAGGAUUUUUUUACCGGUAAAAUAUUGCAGGAUUUAAGUUAAUAAGACUCUAUUUUAAUUGUAAGCCAAAUGUUUCCGAAACACAGGAUGUCCCAUGCAAAUGGUUUAAGCUAUGCAAUGUAACAAAUGCAAUUUCGUUUAAAAAAAAUAAAUUUCGAAACUGUGAGCUUCUUUGACGUCAAUCAGUGCAUUUUUUUAUUCUCUACACAAAAGUAUUAAAGUACCUAGGUCGAAAAUUAAUAAAUUCAAAAGCUAUCUUGAAUGAGAAAUUAUUUUUUUUAAUUCUGUACUUUUGUCGACGUCAAAUCCUGCAUCAUGUUAUUCUCUAUAAAAAAUUAUUAAGGUACUUGGUUCCAAAAUUGAUUAGUUCAAAAGAUAUCUUAGAGAGAAACAGGGAGAGCCUAGCAGUCUCUUCCAAAGAUAUUUUUUAAACUAAUCAAUUUUCGAUUUAAGUGCCUUAAUACUUUUUUGUAGAGAAUAAAAAGACGCUUCGAUUGACAUAUAAAAAAAUGUAUCAUUCCAUAAAAAAAAGAAACAAAAAACGAAAUUGAUCUUGAAAUCUUUCGAACGCCUCUACUUCAGGAACCAACUCAACGCCAUUUAAUUUUCCCUAAUGACAUAAUUUUCUAUCUUCUACGAUGUUAAGACUAUAACUUAGCCCAGUUGCAUAGUAUAACCCGUGUCACGCGAUAUGCUUAAAUUAUAUUUAAGUAGAUUAUGAUAUUUGAAUUUGAAAAUUAUUAAUCCGUAUGUGUUUAACACUGUCUAAAAGGCACGGAUUUUAUUUACAAUUAAGCUAUAUUUGUAACGAGUAAACUUGGUGCGACUUGUUUUGCACUGUUUUGUUUGUAAAUACGAUAAUAUGAGGAUUAUCGAAAUCUCUGUUCAGUAUUUAAUAUAAUGUACAUUACGUCAAUAAAAAUUAUAUGUCAA